AUGAAUGAUCUAAUACCGAAUACUAUAUCAUGGAACCAACUAGAUACAGCAUUAACUUCAAAUUUAUUAUCAAAAAUCACAAAUUCAAUUGAAUGUUCGAUAUGCUCUGAAGUUAUGAUAGCUCCAAUGACAGCAGAAUGUGGUCAUACAUUUUGUUAUGAUUGUCUACAUCAAUGGUUCAAAAAUAAAAUUAAUUGUCCUACAUGUCGUCAUAAAAUUAAAUAUAAACCAACACUUAAUUUACAAUUAGAUGAAAUUUGUAAAAAUAUGAUUGAAAUUAUAAUUGAUUCAAAAUUAGAUUCAAGUUUACAAAAACGUCAAAUUGAAGGAUAUGCAACUUAUGAAUCUCAUUCUAAAGAUAAAUCAAUAUUUGGUGAAUUAUUUCAUAAUUAUACUUUUACAAUGUUAGAUAAUUCAGAUGGAGUACCUAGAUGUGGCAAUUGUAAUUGGGAAGCUCAUGGUACUGUUUGUUUACAUUGUGGUUGUAGAUUCAGAAAUAGUGAUGAUGAAGAUGGUGAUUCUAGUGAAGAUGAAGAUGAUGAUGAUGAUGACGAAGAUGAUGAAUUUUAUCAAGAUGUUAGAGGUAUUGCAGAAGGUAAUCAUUAUGAUUCAGAUGAUAGUUUUAUAGAUUCAAGAACAGCUGAAGAAAUUUGGCUAGAAAUGAAUGAUAAUGGAGAUGAACAUGAUGAUAGUGAUCAAUUUAAUUUUCAUGAAGAUGACGAUGAUGAAGAUGAUGAUGAAAAUAAUAAUGAAAAUCGACCAAUAACGAUAUGGACAUCUGAUAGUAAUGGAGAAAAUGAUGAUGAAGAUUCAAAUGAAGAAAAUCAAUAUUCAGAUUGGGAUGGAUUUGAAAGUGCAAGACAUUCAAAUACAAGACUGCAUGUCAUAUAUAUAAGUGACACAGAUGAAGAAUUACAAGUAAGAAAUGAUAUUUAUAGUGAUGAUGAUAAUGAAAGUCAAAAUAUGCAUGGUGAUGAUAGUUUUUCAAGAUUACAAAUAAAUGAUGAUUCAGGUAAUGAAGAUCAUGAUGAAAGUAGAGAUAUAGAACUGCAAGGAUAUGAUGAAGAUUCAGAUAAUGAAUCAAAUGAUUUAGCUGAUGCUUUGACAGAAUUCCAUAAUGAGGAUGUUGAACAUUUUGAAGAUGAUGAUGACUUUGAUGAUGACGGCAUUGAUUAUAACGCCGAAAAUUAUUUUGAUAACGAUGAUGAUGUUGGUGUCGAAGAUGACGAUGGUGCUGGUUAUGACGAUGGUGGUGUUGAUGAUGACGAUGGUUUCGAUGAUGACAAUGAUGACGAUGAUAACGACGACUACUGGUGA